CCCAGGUGGCGGCGGCAGGAGGCGCCGAGGAUGUGCGGCUGGCCGCUGCUCCUGCUGUGGGGGCUGCUCCCCGGGGCGCCUGCGGGGGGCUCGGGCCGCUCCUUCCCGCACCGCACGGCCCUCGACGCCGAGGGCCAGUACUGGCUGGGCUGGGGCCAGCAGGGUAGCCGGCUCGCCGUGCGCCUCGAGGUGCGCACCGCCGGCUACGUGGGCUUCGGCUUCUCGCCCACCGGGACUAUGGUCUCCGCGGACAUCGUCGUGGCCGGGGUGGCCCACGGGAGACCGUACCUCCAGGACUAUUUUACAAAUACAAACAAAGUGUUGACAAAAGACUCUCAGCAAGAUUACCAACUAGAAUAUGCCAUGGAAAACAGCACACACACAGUAAUUGAAUUUACCAGAGAGCUGCACACCUGUGACAUCCAUGACAAGAGCAUAACGGAUAGCACGGUGAGGGUGAUCUGGGCCUACCAUCAGGAAGAUGUGGGAGAAGCAGGGCCCAAGUACCAUGACUCCAAUCGAGGCACCAAGAGUCUACGUUUGUUGAAUCCUGAGAAAACCAGCAUGGUGCCUGCAGUCUUGCCAUACCUUGACCUUGUAAAUCAAGACGUCCCCAUCCCAAACAAAGGUACAACAUAUUGGUGCCAAAUGUUUAAGGUUCCUGUGUUCCAAGAAAAACAUCAUGUAAUUAAGGUUGAGCCAGUGAUACAGAGAGGCCAUGAGAGCAUGGUCCACCACAUCUUGCUCUACCAGUGCAGCAGCAGCUUUAACGACAGCGUUCUGGACUACGGCCAUGAGUGCUACCACCCAAACAUGCCUGAUGCCUUCCUCACCUGCGAGACAGUGAUUUUUGCCUGGGCCAUUGGUGGCGAGGGUUUUUCUUAUCCACCUCAUGUUGGAUUAUCCCUGGGCACUCCAUUAGAUCCUCAGUAUGUGCUUCUGGAAGUCCAUUAUGAUAACCCGACACACAAGAAAGGCUUAAUCGAUAGCUCUGGGCUGAGGUUAUUUCAUACAACCGACAUAAGGAAGUAUGAUGCUGGGGUGAUCGAGGCUGGCCUGUGGGUGAGUCUCUUCCACACCAUGCCCCCAGGACUGCCGGAGUUCCGCUCUGAAGGUCACUGCACACUGGAAUGUCUAGAGGAGGCUCUGGAAGCUGAAAGGCCCAGUGGGAUCCACGUGUUUGCCGUUCUCCUCCACGCACACCUGGCUGGCAGAGGCAUCAGGCUGCGUCAUUUUCGCAAAGGGCAGGAAAUGAAAUUACUGGCUUAUGAUGAUGACUUUGACUUCAAUUUCCAGGAGUUUCAGUAUCUAAAGGAAGAGCAAACAAUCUUACCAGGAGACAAUCUAAUCACUGAGUGUCGUUACAACACAAAAGAUAGAGUCGGGAUGACUUGGGGAGGACUAAGCACCAGGAAUGAAAUGUGUCUUUCCUACCUACUUUAUUAUCCAAGAAUUAAUCUUACCCGGUGUGCUAGUAUUCCAGACAUUAUGGAACAGCUGCAGUUCAUUGGUGUUAAGGAGAUCUACAGACCAGUCACCACAUGGCCUUUCAUUAUCAAAAGCCCCAAGCAGUAUAAAAAUCUUUCUUUCAUGGAUGCAAUGAAUAAAUUCAAAUGGACUAAAAAGGAAGGCAUGUCCUUCAAUAAGUUGGUCCUUAGCCUGCCAGUGAAUGUGAGAUGCUCCAAGACAGACAACGCAGAAUGGUCGAUUCAAGGGAUGACAGCCUUACCGCCAGAUAUUGAAAGACCCUAUAAAGUGGAGCCUUUGGUGUGCAAAACCUCCUCGUCUCCUCCUCUGCACAGAAAUGUCGCUCUCCAGUUGCUCAUGGGCUUCCUGGUCCUCGGAAGCACGCUGAACACCAAGUGCUGGUGAUUGUGCUGAGUUCUACGUGGUGAUCCCAGGGGGUGAGAGUUGAGCCUGCCACUCAAGUGUAGGUUGAAGACAGUCCACUUUGGGCAUGAAGAGCUGGUGGUGGAGACCACAGAGGGGAUACAUUUAUACAUUCCCUUCCCUCCCUGCCCCACUUUGCUAGGCUCCAUCAGGGCUGUCACUGGGAUACUCUGCUUUUCCUCAGAAAUAUCUAAGAUUCUGGGGCAGCUGUUGGACCAUCAAGUAGAAAGAAAUUUUAAUUCCUUUCUAUGUCUUUUCAUUGACAUUUUUACUCUUCACUUGAUAGCUGUGUUUCUUUUAAAUAUGAUUUUACCUUAAUGUUAUACAAGGAAAUACACUCCGCUCCAGCUUUCUUCUUUAUUAUUCGUCAAUGUAACCUUCCCAGUAUAACAAGUCUUUUCUGGGAUUGCUCAUGGACUUCUUAGUUUCAGCCUUUUGAUGUCAGCUCUAUGCCUGUUACUUUCCUAAAUCCGAGGUGCCUCCUAACCGACCCCAAGCCUACCUUAAAAUAUGUUCCUCCUCCUCUGCUGAGAAUUUUUCUUUCCCCCUGUCAGUAUCUAAAGAGAAAAAAAGGGAUUGAGAGAUGUAGAAUAGGGAGUUGCUGAUUGGUGGGAGAAGAAGUUAUAGCUGGCUGCAAGUCUUGCACUGGCACUGUAAAGGAUCCUUAAUGAGAUCCCAGAUCAAAUGGACAUGUGAGCAGGUGCAACAGGUGUAAGGUGAGCCCUGCUUUACCAAGUGCACUGAUGUUUCACACUUGCUGCACACUGGCACAGCACCAGUCUAUUGCACAUUUAUUUUCAUACUAGUAAUGAAUAACUUUCCACACAGAAAUUCCACCAGUUGAAAGUCUUAUCAUUCUUUUGGCUCUCUUUGUAUAAUCCACCCUAAACUUGUUAUAUGUUUUAUCCUCCUUUAUUAAGCUAAAUGUGCUUGGGUCAUAUUAAUAAACUAAACAAAAGC